AAGAUCUUAAAAGGGAAAAUGUGUUGUAAACUUUUCAAAUACUUUCCUUUGUUUUGAUGUAAAGUGGGUUGGUGGCCUUAUCUCGAAUCAAAUAUAAUUAGUAGAGUAAAAUAAAAUAUUCGCUCAUCCAUGAAAUAAUUUAGCUAAGAUGGAGAAUUUGGAAAAGCACUACUUGCUAUUGCUGUCCAAGGAGGAACAAGAAUUUAUACAGCUAUAUUUUGAAAGUUUACACUUGGAAAAAAGCUCUAUACACCGUUAUCAAAAACAAAUAUGUGAUCUUUUGCUCAAUAAACCCUAUCCAGUUUUGGACAUUUUACUAUUAAAAUGGACGAAAUUUAAAUACCAAAUUAAACCUGUGCUCCUUAAAGUUUUCGAAGAAUUACUAAAUCGUGUUGCGGCAGAUGGUUUCAAUGCCAAAAUACUGAAAUUUCUUAAUAAAAUUCCUGAAGAAAUUCUACAAAACGGCAUAGAAGGUCAACUUAGAGAGCCACUGCGAAAAUGUUUGCAUGAGGAGGCCAAACUGAAUAGGGAAUUUUAUUUAUCGCUGAUUGGUCGAGAAACAACACAAUCCAUGCAUGAUAUUUUGGAAUUACUCAAAGAGACACAAUGGCAAUAUUUUCAAAAUCCUUUGGGUACAAAAGAAUACACUUUAUACCAGGCUCUAGACAAUAAGGCACAUUUUUUAACAUUGAUUGCCAAUCAAAUAACAGAUUUUAAAGUAAUUCAAGAUGUACAACUGAGAAAUAAUUUAAUUAUUUUAAAAUUAGUACAAGAAUUUUCCAUGACCACACAACUGCUUAGUCAAUUACCCAACGUACAGCAAUGUUUGGAAUAUUUUGAUAUGGAAACGCCGACAGAAGACUUGCGUCCAGUUUAUAAUUAUUUCUACAAAGAUUUUAAACGUUUAACAGUAGUUUUAAAUUAUGUGCAGAAGUUUAAAGACAUGUCCUGCUGCAUUACCGUGCAGGAUAUACUAUUGAAAUCGUCCAAUUUGGAAGUUAUAAAUAAAUACAAGCUUUUAAACAAUUACGAGGAAACCAAAACUUUUAUAGACUCCUAUUAUAUGUGGCAAAAUUCUUUAACUAACUCCAUUAAAGAUUAUGAAUUGGAGACGGUGAGCCACUACUUUAUUUUAGCCUGUGUGUUUAUGAUAAUUGUGACACCUUCCUCUGAGGCUUGUGAAGAGUUUUAUGCUCAAAAACUACAAACAUUAAAUUCUUUGCUAAGACAAAUGAAAAAUUUCGAAUUGCUAUGUCAAAUUUUAGAGGAUACACUCAAGUUUACAUAUUUACGCUGGGAACAUUUGCAAAAGAAUACGGAUGGUGGUAAAAUGUCCAGCAAACUAAUGGUUUCAUCAGAUACUCCCUAUACCGAUGACGAUGUAUUGCCUGAAUCUAGCAGUAAAACGAAAAUCAAAACCAAAUUGCACUUUAAAACUGGUUUCAUAUGCAGAUCUAAAGCUUUUGCCCAUUUAUACAACUUUUUAAAAACUUUUGUUACCAAAAAACUACACUCGGCUGAUUUUAAAAAUGCCUGUACAGAUAAUCAGCAUCGUUUCCAAGAUAUUGUCGACUAUAUAACCGAUAUUUUGUGGAAGUAUUCGUUAUUGGAGAAACUGGAAACUUCACAAAAUCAAGCAAAAAUAAAUAAUGUAGAGAUUUAUUUGGAUCCUGAGUAUUUACCACAUUUCGUUUGCUAUCACUUUGAUGCUUUAGAUCGGCUAUCAAGUGACGAUGAAGAAAAACAAACAAAUUAUCAUAGUCAUUACACCAGUUUAUCGCGUCGCAAGGCAGCCAAAAAACGACGACGUGCUACUUUUAGUGGUGCUAUUCUCAGGCCGAAGGAUGACUUGUCUCUGCAACAGUGUCGUGCUCGAGCAAAUGCUUUAGCCAAUUCCGUUUCAAAUAUCGAUCCGUUAAAACGUUUGGACAGUUGUAAGAGUAAAAGAGAUGUUACUGAGGAACGAAGCAUUGUACUAAAGCUAUUGGAAUCUCCGCAACGUUUAGCAGUGUUGGCUUUGUCUUUGAAAAGUUUUAAUGAUGCCAAGCAAAUAAUUGAGAAUUUCAAUUUACAAAAUUCCCAACUACACACCGAAUUGAAAUAUGUUGAACAACAACAAAAUAUCAAGCAGAAAUUAUCAGUAAUCUAUGAUAAUUAUCAGCGACAAGAGAAACAAACACGCAACUCAAAUGAACCAUUAGCCACCGUAGAACAAAUUCGUAAUGUGGCCGCUAAAGGAUUCGAAGUUUCGAAAAUUAUAAGCGUUAUUGAUAAUUUUGCACAGUCUCAGCGUAUUAAACAAACUGAAGCCGUUAAGGAAUUAAUACAAAAACACAAACAUAAUCCACAAUAUCGCUUUCUAACACAAUUCGAAGAAAGCAAUUUAAAUGCUGUCAUUAUUUGUGAUUUAAUAUUAAAUCUUCCCCUAAAUCGUGAUAUAAUCACCAGUGUUUUAAUGGUUAUAAAACGUCAUCAAUCAAUACAAUCCUCAUUUAAGGAAGUCGAAACCAUGGAAAAAUCUCAAUUACCGAAAAAUAUAGGGCCUCUCAAUUUAUUGGAAAACUUAAAUGAUUGUAUGCGUUUGUUGGAUGGUAAAUCGGUUAGAGAUUUAUUAUGUGACAACACCUACUCCUUGAGGCCUCAAAAAUUAGCAGUAGAAUUGGCACGUGAAAAAAUAUUCGAUGAAAUAUUCUAUAAAACACACGCCGAAUUGAGUCGUUGUGAUGAUUUAAAGUCUUUACUACCACAAUUUCAGAAUCUAGAAUCAAAAUGUAAUUAUUUUCAAAGAUUCUGCAACUAUGUACAUCAUCUGACCAAACUAGUGCAUCUAAGAGAUCCCAAUUGUGAAUAUCAUGUAGAGGAACUAUUGAAAAUUGAUCCGUGUGAUGUGGUGGGUGAAUUGAUAUUCACCUGUGAUAUGACACCUUUGGAAAUUGAGGCCAUUGUUACGGCUCUAAAUUUAAAUCUGGUGCAUGUUAUAGCUUUGAAUAUAUGCCCGGAAAUUGUGGGUAAAUGUGAUUUGAAAAAACGCCAACUAACUGCUCAAAAACAAGCAACAAUUUUCAAUUAUAUAGCCAACUAUAAUCGUCUGUUGGUGUAUUUGCUGAAAGGCAUUAACAAUAAGGAUCAUUUUACAAAAGAUGACACCAAUAUAGAUUCCACAUAUUUGGAACGUAUUUUGUGUAUGAGUGAAAUUGCAAGAUUGUCUUCACUGUAUGGUGGCAAUAAGAUAAUUGCUACUUUGCGAUGUGAUAAUGUUAAUAUGAAGCUAUUGGAAAAGAUUGAAUCGAAAAAGGAACAAUUGGAAUUAUUGCAACUUGAUAUUGGAAUACAAGAACCCAAAAUUAUGAAAUCGAAACGUAUCGACUCUUUGAUCAUGGAUCUAAUACAAGAAGAUGCCAAAAAUAUUUACUUAUCACCAAGAAUCCAUGACAUUGGUGUCAGAGCGAAUUUAAUACACAAAAAUUUCACUAAAAUAGCCACAACGCGCUUGGCCAAAGAACUAAUCGAAACCACGCUACAACAUCGAGAAGCAGUUCAGAAAAUUCCUAAGAGUUUAAGACAUCAAUUGGAAGCAACAUUGAUCGAUAUUACUAUCUAUGCUAAAGUUUCGGAAGUAAUGCAAUUCGAAACUUGGCCUCAGGCAUAUGAUUUUGGUUUGAAAACUCCCAGUACCAUAUUUGAACGUCUGCUUCAAUUACAUCUCUAUAAAUUGUGUUAUGAAUGGUGUAAGGUUGUUAAAUUGGCCGACAAUUUUAAGCCUCAACGUAAACACUUCCUAAAUAUACUUCUAAAUGCCCUGACCGACAUGAGCGAUGAACAACAAUCACAAGAAAUGCAUUUAAAUACAUACGAAUACUUACUGCACAUUUUAGAAACAUUUCCGGAAAUUGAUUGUAUUGCUUUCUUGGACACGAAUAAGGACAAGUUUCGUUCAAUGAUUUUGUUAAAAUAUUCUAUAAAUUUCUUGGAACGCUUAGCAAAGUCUGGCGAUAAAGAAAUGUACAAAAAUUAUAAAAUUUCUAUAAUAAUUUUUGAACAAUUAACACCUAGUAUACGACAACAAUUUUGGAAUUUAUUAAAAUUUCCACUGUUGAUCGUUGAACAGUUAAUAAUGAAUGCCAAAUUUGAGAUUCUAACUAAAGUUUUGCAGGCUGUGCGCAAAGAAUUGAACAGAGAGAUGGUGCCUACUGACUUGGCUGAUUCGAAAAAAUUAUGCCCUUUUUGCUUUGAUAAAAAUGGCAAUAUCUAUGAUUUGCAUGCCAAAAACAAUUCUCCCUUGAAGACAAGUUUUCAAUUGGGUUCGUUGGAAAGUACAAACGCCUCUGCUUUCAUAUUGCUUAAUUUUAAUCUCUACCAAAAAGAUCAUUUCAUUACCAAUGAUUGCAUAGAUCUUUUGUUGCGCAUUUAUGCAACUAAAGCUUUGGAUUAUCAGAUAUCUGAUACGUCUUCGUCCUCGGAACCUUGUUCUCAAAGUACUUGUGACAUGCAACAAUCGCUGGAUUCUUUGUGUGGCGCUUUUCAAAUGCCCCAUCAGGCACCCACACGAGUCGAAUGGACCAGAGAUGAGGAGGCCACACACUGUAUGUGUUGUCGUCGUGCUGCUUUUACUAUGCUAAUGCGGCGCCAUCAUUGUCGUCGUUGUGGCCGAGUCGUUUGCUUUGCCUGCUCUACCCAUCGUAUGCGUAUACCCGAACUCUAUGAGGAUGUUGAUGUACGCAUUUGUAAUGAUUGUCAUCGUGUGUCUGAGGAUUAUCAGCAGCGUAAAUCAAAUCGUGACUCUUCAACGGCUCAAGCCGAAGAUGUUGAGAAUAUUCCGGUGAAAUCGCGUACCAAGCCAGGCGAACGUUUCAAGUGGAAAUUGAGCGGUAAUAUAACACAUGAUAAGCUAUUACGCGAAGAAUUUUGCUAUGAACAUGCACCCAGUGUGGCGUUGUGUCUAUCGAUUUUGGAUUAUCAUUUGGGCAAGCAAAAGUGUGUGGACUUGUUGUUGUUUCAUUGUCGUAAAUUGGAGAAGUUGAUUGUUCCCAAUCCAGAGGUGGACUAUGAAUUGGUGGCAAAAAUGAUGAACUGUCUAGCGUUGGCAGCAAAGGUACGCGGUGCACCAGCAGAAGUUGAAACUAUAAGAGAACAUUCCGAAAUUAUAAUAUCAGUGGUACAAAAUGGCUGUGAAUCUCUUAUACCACCGGAUCCUCUAAAUAAUCAUGGCUUACGUAAAUUAGCCGACUCAUUGGUGCAAGCCGAACGUUGGGAUUUGGCUUUAGAAGUCCAUCUUAAAUGUGGAUUUUCAACAGCGGGUGUUAUGGCCGCUCAUGGUUUGUCCUGUUUGCGUGUAGGAUGCUAUGACACGGCCCGUGAAAAAUUUUACCACUGUAUGCCCAAACUAACUAAUGAAACCACAAAUACCGCCAUAUGUAAAGUUAUAUUCAACACCAAACUUAUACCCUCAACAAAUGGCAACUUUGACAACAUUUUGGGCCUAACCAAAGAUCAUGACAUCACCUUGAUACGCCGACCACAACAUGGUCCUCCACUGUUGCAGGAAAUUUUAAAAUUAAUCGAAUCUACACCAUUAAAUAAGACACAACCAGAAACCUUGCAACGUGCUUCCAUUAUACGAAGUUCAAAUACUUCUUUAGUGUCAUUGCUAUCCAGACGUAAGGAAACCUAUGUAAAGCGAAUGCAUGAACCAGCCUUGAAUAUAUUAAAUACAUUGGCUUCUUUAAAACGCAUUAGUACAAACAGUGAUACCCCGAUAAAACGUAAAAUAUUAUUCCGUAAAACUCGCGGCUUUGAGGAAUGUGUUUAUUAUGUUUUAACUUAUGGAUCUCAUGCUGAUGUUUUAAAAUUCCUUAUGCAACACAAUGACAUAAUGGCCACUUUGAAAUAUUUCAUAUUGCAAAACCUAGAACCUGAACUUUUUAUACAGCACAUAUUACUCGAACAAUUGAAAAACGGACAAAUGCCUCAACUGGUCAGCCACUUGCAAGAGUUUGACAGUCGUUUGUCACUAUGGCGUACGGUAUUGCUACAGGCCUGCCGUUACUUAGAGACACAAAAUCAUCUUAACUCUCUCUAUCAAUUACAAUUGCUGUUAAAUGAUCCCAUUAGAGCUUCUAUGACAUGUGUCAAAUUUUACACUAUGAAUUGUGAUAAUUUCCAGCAACAACAUACCAAUUCCCAGCAUUUACAUAAUGCCCAUCUGCACUUGCAAACUGAACUGGAGAUUUCGAAAUGGGAGAAUAUAAGCUUUAAUGCGAGUAAAUCAUCGUCAUCAUCUCAAAAGAACGGCAACACAAGUCGUAGAUCAAGUUCUGCCAGCAAUACCCCCUCUAUGGGUGGUGGAAAUUUGCAAAUGCAAAUGGAUGCCCGUUCGCUUAAUUCACAUAUAAAUACGAUUUUGAAACAGUUGGAUGUGGCAAAGUUUUUGGCGAAAUGUGAGGUGGAAAAUAGUAGCGAUGAUGUUUUGAUAACGGAGAAAUUUUUAAAGCAGAUACGCAUAGAUUCCAACAAAACAUUACCAACCCUGUUCGAUAGGGUCCAGGAAAAAAUACAAAUUUGCAUUUUAAUACUUUUAUGUGGCAAAAACAUUGAUGAAGGUUUUGGCUUAGCCUACAGAAUUAUACAAGAUUAUAAACUACCACCGAUUAAAAUAUUUGCUGCCACCGCCAAGGUCCUAGCCCGUAAUCAACGUCUACAUGAUGUCGACAAACUCUUGAAUUGCAUUACCAGCAAUAAUGGCGUUAGUACGCGCGACAUUGAUGAAAUCCUUAGUGUAGCCAUUAAUUCGGCCACCAAUAAUCAUGAACCGGAUGUGAAAACGGCACUCGAUAAUUUAGCCAAAAAGAUAAAUAGUGUUGAGUUGAGAAUAUCUUCGCACAUAUUUAUCGGACAAUUGAAAUCGGCCUAUUUGCUGGCAAAUAAAUACAAACGUUUGUCGGACAUACGCAAGAUAUUGCGACAGGCCGAAGCAACGAAUCAGAUACACAUUAAAAAAUUAUGUGAAAAGAAACUACAAAUGAGUAUGUCGGGUACAACUCAGACAAAUUGAAUGGCAAAACGUUUAGCGUGUGAUAAAUGGGACAAUAUUGCAAUUGAUUGUCAUUUUCUUUUUCGUUAUACAUAUUAUUAUUCUAAUUUAUAACUGUUUCUCGUAAAAAAAUAUAUCGCUCAUUUGCUGCAACAACUUCAUAACUCAAAAUCCGGGUGAUUUGAACUGAGUUAUACAAAAUAUGCGCCGUUCUUUAAUCUUUCAUAUAGUUUUAUCAGUUUUAAAAAAAGUAAAUUAUUUUUUUGUAUGAGAGUGUUUUUUCAUUGUAAACGUCAAAAUUAAAAUUCAUGUUUUCUCGUAUAUUUGACAAGUACAAAUUUGGUUUAAAUACAGAUUAGAAAGAUAUUAAUAUCAGGGUUUAUUUCUGAAAUCGCAUGAUUUGUUGAAAAUUUAUUUAAGAAAUAGUAAAAUGUUAUAAAACAUUCAAAGCCGUUUUUCUCGAAACGACUUUUUUUGAAUUAUGACGUUGUUGCAGCAAAUGAGCGAUAUGUAUAAUAGCUGUGUUUUUUUGUUAACGUUUAUAGAUAUUUUCAUACUAAUUUUAUUUUAAAUUUAUAUACAAUACGUUAAGACUUAACAUGUAAAAUUAUGCAAGUUAACUUUAAUCAUAGAGAAAUAUACAAAUAAAGAAUGCGAAAUUAAUAUUAUAUUUUUAUACAGAAAUUGUGCAAAAUUAUAAUCUAGAAUUUCUGUAUUAAUGUGAAGUGAUAACACCCAACGAUAGCGAUAAAACACAGCUAUUAUUAAUUAAAAAUAAAUAUACAAUUUUAUACAAAUAAUAAA